AUGGCUAGAAAGCUUGAAAUAAAACCGACUGGACAAGAAGCAUUAUCACUCUCAGGAUUUGGCGACAAAGAACGACGACUACGUCAUCUUGAUACAGCAGUUAUCUAUUUAGAGUCGACCCAUGAAGAUAUACCAGUUAAAGUGUUAAUCGUGCCCGAGAUUUCCGUGCCGUUAGCAACGUACACAAACCAAGUUAGAGAACUGUCAUAUUUAAAGGGACUCAAACUAGCACAUCCGGUGCAUACAAGUGAUGACUUUAACAUAGAGAUUUUAGUUGGUGCAGAUUUUUAUUGGACUAUAGUGCAAGACGAGGUUAUUCGUGGCAACGGACCUACAGCCAUACAGUCAAAACUCGGCUAUCUUUUGUCAGGACCUCUCAAUGUUCCCACAUUUAGAAACAUUACGCCGACACCCGUAUCCAUGAUGAAUGUGUUCACGCUGCAUAGCAAAGAAGAGGUUGACUUAGAAAAGUUUUGGAAAAUCGAAUCCAUGGGAGUCGAACCAGUAACCAAGAAACAGGAAUAUGAACAGUACUUGACACAUUACCAAGAUACGUGCAUUACCUACAACGACGGUAAAUACAUAGCAAAGUUACCUUGGAGGGAAGAACACGAUACAUUACCGACCAAUGAAUUGAUCAGCCGGCGCAGAACUGAAAAUGUAAUCAACCGAUUGAGGAAAGAACCUAAACUACUACACACGUAUGGGGAGAUAAUCAGAGAGCAAGAACAACGAGGAUUUAUAGAAGAGGUACCAGCCGACCAGAUAUGCACGACAAGAAAGUUACAUUACAUUCCUCACCACCAUGUAAAAAAGGACUCAGCAACAACUCCGAUUCGCAUCGUCUAUGAUUGUAGCUGCAGAUCCGGACGUGAAUUUCCGAGCCUGAACGACUGUUUGAUGAACACCCCUCCUCACCUCACUGAUCUUACUACAAUUUUAAUUAGAUUCAGAUACAACAAAUACGCCAUUUGCACAGACAUAGAGAAAGCGUUUUUGAAUGUUGGACUACACGCAGACGACCGUGACGUCACAAGAUUUUACUGGUUGACAGACCCAGACGAUCCAGCCAGCACUCUAAAGACAUAUAGAUUCAAGUCCGUUCUUUUCGGAGCAACUUGCUCUCCAUUUAUACUGAAUGCGACGAUUCUAAAGCACCUAGAGAUACACCAAUGUGAACUUACUGAUCUUAUCAAGAGUGGCUUAUACGUAGAUAAUAUACUUACCAGCGUCCAAGAUGAGCAGAAGUUACAUGAUUUCUUCGAAAGCAGCCGACAAAUAUUCAAGCAAGCGUCUUUCAACCUACGAUCGUGGAGUUCUAAUAGUGAAGCAUUACGUACCAAAUUCAAAGCCGGCGGAAUAGAUGACAAAGACAAAGAAAUCAAAGUACUAGGUAUGCGUUGGAAUCCUGAAACAGAUGUCUUGUAUAUACCGCAACGUACAUUGUCCAUGCAGAAUGACCACUUACUGGCGAAAAGAGAGAUCUUGAAGGAAUCAUCAUCCAUAUUCGAUCCGCUUGGAUUAUUGAACCCCGUCACAGUGAGAAGUAAAGUUCUGAUGCAAUCAUUAUGGCAACGCAAGUUAGAGUGGGACGAGCUUUUACCAGACGACAUAAUUAAAGAGUGGUGCAGCAUAAGAGCAGACGUUAAAAAAGCCAUCGACAUGAAGUUCCCACGCUGUUAUUUCCCAGAUGAUUCUCCUACAGAAAAAAAUCUUCACAUUUUCUGCGACGCAAGUGUGAAAGCAUACGGCGCAUGCGCGUACCUUGUUUCUGGAAGUCACAGCACACUUGUUAUGGCCAAGAACAGAGUAGCACCCAUUAAGCAGUUAACCAUCCCGAAACUCGAGCUUUGUGCAGCUGUCCUGGGAGCCAGACUGUGCCACCAUAUUAUCACCAGUAUAGAGUGUCAGAGAGUUUACCUGUGGAGCGACAGUCAGAUUGCUCUACAGUGGAUUUCAACAUCAAAGAAGCAACCCAUAUUUGUAUCCAACAGAGUACAAGAAAUACAUGAACUGACGAAAACAUACGAGUGGAGAUACUGCUCUACAGAUACCAAUCCCGCAGAUAUACUGUCACGUGGUCUAUCAUAUGACAAGUUCCAUGACAACAGAUUAUGGUUCCAUGGUCCAGAUUGGCUGACAAACACAGCCAGUUUUCCAGUGAAGAGUACCAUAUCACAGAUACACGUAAAUGAUAACAGCCAAGGUGAAGAUACUAUCGUCCUUGUAAAAGAAACCCCAUUCGUUCCGGGUAUUCUACACAUAUUAGACUUACAGAGAUUCAGCUCCUACCAAAAGGUUCUAAGAGUGUGUGCAUACAUUUUUCGAUUUGUAGACCAGUGUAAGAAGCAGAAGAAAUAUGGCGGAGAUCUACAUCCACAUGAACUCGACACAGCAGCAAGGACCUUAAUAAAACAUACACAGUACGUGAGGUGUCCAGAUGUAUUAGAUUACAUGAAGAAGACCAAUUCUAGAUGCAUUAAACCUGCAUUAGUGCGACAACUAGACCUGUACCUUGACAUAGACAAAAUACUACGCUGUGGAGGACGUAUUGCCAACGCACCAUUACCUGAGGAAACACGAUUCCCGUAUCUGAUACCAUCUAGAGGAAAACUUACUGAGUUGUUAGUUACAGACGCUCACGAAACACAACUUCACGCAGGCUUAGAGAGUACAGUCACAUACUUACGUCAACGUUUUUGGAUUCCCAGUAUACGUCAACGUGUGAGAACCAUCAUCCGCACGUGCGUCACGUGCCGUAAAGUGACGGCAAAGCCUUACAGAGUACCAGAUCCACCCCCUCUACCCAGUGACAGACUCAAACACGCACCUCCGUUUACCGUAACCGGCAUUGAUUUCACAGGAGCACUUACCGUGAAAGCUACAGACGGAAGAUUGCUGAAAGUAUACAUCUGCCUGUUUACCUGCGCAAACACUCGAGCCGUACACCUGGAAAUAGUCACGGAUAUGAAGACAGAAUCUUUUAUACUAGCUGUUCGCAGAUUUAUCAGCAGGCAAUCCACACCAAAAGUAUUCAUGUCCGACAACGCAUUAACAUUUAUAGCUACGGCCAAGAUUAUGAAAGAAGAAGUUUUGAACCCACAUGGCAUUACCUGGAAGUUCAUCCCUCAACACGCUCCGUGGUAUGGCGGUUGGUGGGAAAGACUCAUUGGACUCACCAAGACCAGUCUGAAGAAAGUCCUUGGAAAGGCGUUAAUCAACUUAGAAACCCUACAGACGCUCAUUACCGAAGUCGAGUGUAUAAUUAACGAUCGGCCGCUGACCCAUUCAUCAACAGAUCCAGCAGACGACGAACCCUUGACGCCCUCACACUUAUUAUACGGACGAAGAAUCACAACACCUAUCUAUCCAGACGACCGAGAAGAACCGGAAGCAGACGAUAUGUCACGUGAUAAAGCAGACAAGCUAUACCGUUUUAAGUCUGCUACAAUUGAACAUUUUUGGUCCCGGUGGAAGCACGAGUACCUUACAUCGUUAAGAGAGUUCCACAAACAUUUAGGAGGCGAAGGCGAUCUGAUUCGAAUUGGCGACGUAGUCCAGAUUCACGACGACACAUUACCCAGAAGCAGGUGGUCCUUAGGUGUUAUUGAUGACGUUGUUACUGGAGCAGACGGACGUACACGUGCAGCACGAGUCAAAUCUAGAAAGGGCAUCAUCACCAGACCUAUAGCAAAACUUUAUCCGCUUGAGCUGAUUGAAUAG